UCUACUACUCCAGGAUUCCUAGACAUGGGACUUGUCCGGUUGCCAUCACUGAUUGCUAAUGCACGAUGUUUUAGCAAAGUAAACUCUCUUCGGAGCAGAAAGUAUCAAUCGGAUGUCCCGAAAGGUCAUCUAGCAGUGUAUGUGGGUGAAAUCCAGAAACGGCGAUUUGUGGUUCCCAUAUCUUAUUUGGACCAACCAUUGUUCCAGGACUUGCUGCGUCACGCGGAGGAAGAACUUGGCUUUGAUCAUCCAAUGGGAGGACUAACCAUUUGCUGCCAUGAAGAUGCAUUUGUGGAACUCACAGCACGAUUGCAUGCUUCCUGAUACUUUUGGGAGCAACAAUCCUCAGGAAUUUUGUUCAAUUAUUCCCCUUAGUUUGUCUUCUAUUCUCUUUUAGGGAUAUACACGUAUAGGUGCAGUAGGUGAACUAUGAGGUUAAGGAGCGUCACAUUUGUGAUUUGACAAUGUUCCCUACCAUUUUUUGUAU